AUGACCGCAACCCACGCUGUUGACCACAUCCAUGACGAGCCGAUGAGCGAAGUUGCGCUUCGCUCCGUCGCCAUCGAAGCCCUGCUGGAGGAGAAAGGUCUCCUCACUGCCGACGCAGUGCAACGCCAGGUGAACCUGAUGGACGGCCGCACUCCGGCGGACGGAGCCCGCGUUGUCGCCAGGGCCUGGACGGAUGGCGCGUUCAAGGCGCGCCUACUCGCCGACUCCCGUUCGGCUCUCGCGGAGAUGGGCAUCGAAAUUCCGGCGGAGACACCCCAUCUCACCGUGGUCGAGAACACCGACGAUCUUCACAACCUGGUGGUUUGCACCCUGUGUUCGUGCUACCCCAGGAUGCUGCUCGGCCGCCCGCCUGACUGGUACAAGAGCUUGGCCUACCGGGCCCGCGCCGUUCGCGACCCGCGUGGCGUCAUGGCUGAGUUUGGCGCCGAACCACCGGCGGAGUCCGAGGUGCGCGUCUUGGACAGCACCGCAGACCUGCGUUACCUGGUCCUGCCCAAGCGCCCGGCGGGAACUGACGGGAUGAGUGAGGACCAACUGGCCCAGCUGGUGAGCCGGGACAGUAUGAUCGGGGUGACCGACGCGCUCGCGCCGUAG